UCUUAUGUUCUCCAGGAUGUAUAUUUCUUCUUACAUGAAUUGCCUUUUCAUUUUCUUUGUUUGGGCAAGUGGUUUUUUUUUGGCCAGAGUUUUUAAUAUAUUAAGUAUGUUAACCCAUUAUCUGCCAUAUGUUGCAAUUUCCCCCAACUGGUGGUUUGUCUCUAAAUUUUGUUCCAAGUGAGGAAAUACUUGGCUAUCAGGAAACACAGGCCAGAGAAGGCAUCGUUUUGAUCCAGGCUGGGUCUUUUUCUGCCUCUCGGUCAUGCUUCUUGAAGAGUCACCUUCCUCAUCAUUGAGAAGUUCUGGUAUUGAUUUUUGUCAUCAGACAGCAAAAGUGGCAUUUUAAGCAGGAUAACUUAUAUUAAAAAUCAUCACCAUUGAAUAAAACUUUGCUUAAUUUAUGUAAAUAUGAUCAUGGCAGAUAGAUGAGAGUCCACGGUUAAUAUUUCACCAUUUUCCACUUAUCACUAAAGAUCCAACUUGUUAGCAUUCCAUUAGUGGUGCUGUACAAUUAAUUAGCUCAACUUGAGAGAAGCUUUUAAUAUGAGAUCAGGAUCUCUGAUAGAUUGAGUAGCCAUUAAGUACUACUGCUUUUCCCUCCUUUUCUUCAAGUUAUAUAGUAGAAAGAGAAUUUAGCCACAAAAUCUAGUGUGUAAGGGCAAUAUGCUCAUUAUUUUGACAUAUAUACAUGCUACUAAAAAUGAAAUUUUUUCACUUCCCUGGAAAAAAUAAGGACAUAGAGAACAUUAGUUUUCCUUGCUAAGCACGGAACUGAUCAGAACCAGCCUUAUAAAAACAUGGAAAUUCUAUUUGAGCUGCCGACUUGUUUCAAAAAGCUGUUAACAGUGGACAAAUACUGCUUCUGUGUGAUGGAUAAAUGGGAGUGUGUUAUAUUAUUGCUACUAGGCUUGUGUAUGGUUGAAAUUUUCCACAUAAAACUUUUUUAAAAAGCCGUUUCAUUAAUAAUGCUUACCACUAGGGCCCUUGGGAAAAACUGAACAUCUUUCAUUUCUGAUUCUUCAUCUGGCGUAUGCUAUGUGAUUGCCACCCAGAUGUGUAUUUUCCCUCUACUCACCUCACCUACUUAUUAAAAUUGCGUUAAACACUUAACUAUUUCCUUAUCUUUUUCACUUUUAAUAUCUUCCAUCAGCAUAUAUUUUGGAAUUUUCUUCCCAAAUAUUUUUAAGCGCUAAGUAUUGAGCAAGCUCAAAUUGAAGGGCGUAUCAGUGAUAUUGGGUAGAGGUACAAGGAAAUUUCAGCUUCCAAAUUUCAUACUUCCUUAUCAGACCUUUGUCUUUAUUUUGUUGUUGUUUUAUUUCAAGCAUGUUUUUACGUUUAUAACAUUUUUAAGGGAGAACAAUUUAAACCAUGAUUUAUAUGGUAACUAUUUUAAGAGUUAUUGUGGUGUGCAAGACUGAGGGCUCUUACCAGUGCUGAAAUAGACGAUGCUUAGAGUUGGCCACAAAGCCGUGUAAAUUGUCCUUAUUUAAAAAUCUUUAUCUUUGCAAGGCUUUUCUUCUUAUUUUUCCUUUUUCUGUCUGUUUUGAGUUGCAGUGAUUGGAGAACGUAAAGCAAGAAAAAGAGAUUGGCUCCCAAUGCAAUCUAAAAUUUUGAAUUGCUGGUGAAGGUCUGGGUGCCUGUGAUAUUGAUGCCUGCCUACCGGCUAUAACAUACGAGUGUGUUCCUGCCUCUCUGUCACGUUAGCCCUUGACUUGCAAAAUGAAGGACCGGCUCCCAGAACUUCUGGACUUAACCAGGCAGUGCGACCAGCAGUUCCCAGGCGAAGACGAUGACUUUGAUGCGCCCCACGAGGACAUCGUGUUUGAGACGGAUCACCUUCUGGAGUCCCUGUAUCGGGACGUCAAGGACCUUCAGAAUGAAAACCAGCAGUUGAUAGCCGACGUGAAGCGGCUGGGAAAGCAGAAUGCUCGCUUCCUCACAUCCAUGCGGCGCCUCAGCAGCAUCAAGCGGGACACCAGCUCCAUUGCCAAGGCCAUCAAGGCCCGGAUCGAGGCCAUCUACCGCAAGCUGUGUGCCAUGAAGGCGCAGUGCGAGGCGGCCGAGGCCCAGCACGGCGAGCACUCGGCCGUAGCGCGCAUCUGGCGGGCACACUACUGCGCGCUCACCCGCACCUUCGAGAGCGCCAUGCACGAGUACAACCAGGCCGAGAUGAAGCAGCGUGACAACUGCAAGAUCCGCAUCCAGCGCCAGCUGGAUAUCAUGGGCAAGGACGUCUCGGGCGACCAGAUCGAGGACAUGUUCGAGCAGGGCAAGUGGGAUGUGUUCUCCGAGAACCUGCUGGCCGACGUGAAGGGCGCGCGGGCAGCCCUCAACGAGAUCGAGAGUCGCCACCGCGAGCUACUGCAGCUGGAGAGCCGCAUCCGCGACUUGCACGACCUCUACAAGCAGAUGGCCCGGCUGGUGGAGCAGCAGGGCGACACCAUCGAUACCAUCGAGCUCAACGUGCAGAAGACCCUCGACUACACGGGCCAGGCCAAGGUGCAGGUGCGCAAGGCGGUGCAGUACCAGAAGAAGAACCCCUGCCGGACUCUCUGCUGUUGCUGCUGCCCUUGCCUCAAAUAGCAGGCCGGACGGGGCCCCCGCGCCCCACCCCCAACAGGAGUGCGCCGGGAAGCACACUCAGAAAGACUUGAGGGCCCUCUGCGCUGGGGUGAGUUGUCCCAGUCCCUAGCUAGGGACCUCAGUCUUUAGAGAAAGAAGAGACUCGAGGUCCAAGAAUUCCAACUCAGCUUGUGCUCUAGAAGAUGGUUGAUGCCGUCCCCUGUUUCUUCAGUAAGGACGGGUACCUAGCGAAGUUGUGUGAGGUCGUCACGUGGCAUUUUGCGCCCUUGCCCUGUUAACAGAAGCCAAAUAGGGAACUGACGUUGUCGCGUGCUGUGGGGUAAAUGUCCCCGCAUGUUUCCUCGUGAAACUCUAGGAGGAAGUCAAUUCUGCGUCGGCUGAUAGCAUGGACUCAUUACCAAAAAAAUUCAUGUACUCCAUCCUGAAAGUACCUUGGUUCUGUUCGAUUUCACGUGAAAUUGACCUUAGGGAAAACCGUAUGCCUUUCAUUUCUGAUUCUUCAUCUGGCAUAUGCUAUGUGAUUCCUGGCUAGAUGUGUAUCUUCAUUCUGCUCACCUCCCCUACUUAUUAAAAUCACAUUUUACAUCCACUGUUUCCUUAUCUCCUUCACUUUUAAUAACUUCUAUCAGAAUAUAUUUUGGGAUUUUUUUCCCGAAUAUUUUUAAGCACUGAGUAUUGAACAAGCACUCAAAUUGAAGUAUCAGUCACAUUUUAUAUAUUUUUCAUAAAUGAAAAUUAUUUAAAAUUUAUCUUUUUACUUGAUUAUUACAAAUGCACAUAUAUAUGUAAUGUAAAGUACUAAUAUUUGCUAACACGUGUACAUAGUGACCAAUUGGUUUAACUUUACUUUUGUAAAUAUGAUACAUAAACAUCAGGAAAAACACUUUUACUGGUUGAUGGUGUUGAUUUGCUUGUUUUGACUUUUAUUUCACUCCUGUCUGCAUCUCCAUAGUCCAGUUUGGGUCAAAACUUUAUUUUGAACAACUCUGUGUUGGUUAUGGUGAUAAAGACAGAUGUCAAAGGCUGAAAAUGCACACCGAACGAGAGAUAAUAAAAUGACAUUCUUGGAAAUGUUACUUUUGUUUUACUGAGGACAUUCCUUUCAUGCAUUGAAUGGAGUCAUUUAAAAUAAAAGAAUCUUGUUUUUCAAGUUAGUUUAAUAAACAUCACACUAUAAAUAUCCCAUU